AUGACCUCAAUUCAAAAAAUUUUACAUCAAGAAUUAGGAGUAAGAAAAAAAGUUUCUCGUUGGAUACCCCACCUGUUGACUGAAAAGCAGAAAACAGCCAGGGUUAAUUGGUGUCAAAAACGCUUGACCUUGGCUGCUUGGGUGUUCCAAGGUGAAGAAAAGCCAACAAAAGUCAUCCGUUCUCGAAGUGUUCCGAAAAAGAUGGUCGCGAUAUUUGUGUCAAAAGCAGGUCAUAUUGCAACAAUUCCUCUUAAUGAGCAAAGAAUUGUUACUGCGGAUUGGUAUACCACCAUUUGUUUGCCAAAAGUCAUCACCGAGCUUCGAAAAAUCAACCCCGAAAGAAGAAUCAUCCUCCACCAAGACUAUGCAAGCUCGCACACAGCCCAAAAAACAAGGCAGUAUUUAACGGAAGAAAACCUGGAAUUAAUGGACCAACUUCCAUAUAGUCCCGAUCUAAGUUGUAACGAUUUCUUUACUUUCCCGAAAAUUAAAAACAGACUGCGUGGUCAAAGGUUCCAGUCACCAGAAGAAGCAGUUGACGCAUUCAAAAAUGUCGUUUUGGAUCUGCCAGCAAACGAGUGGAAUAAGUGCUUCGAAAAUUGGUUCGAGCGCUGGAAGUGUGCCAAGAAAAUUUGA